AUGGAGAUUUCACCUCCAUCAAAUUACGUGUACGUAAGCUUCGGCGCGAGUUCGAUUACAAAAGACCCCCCCGCCACUCUCUUCCAUGGCAUUCGCUGCAUUGUUGCACCAGUCUCUCCUUCUUGUCUUCCUGUCGCUGUGGGAUCCGAGAUGGGAACCAUGAUCGGUGUGAUGCUGCUGCUGGUGUUCUUGAUGCCCUCGGCGUGGGGCGUAGGAGACCGCUGCGAUUUGUACAACGGGAGAUGGGUGGAGGACGAGUCGUACCCACUCUACGAUUCGCGGAGUUGCCCCUUCGGUCGCAAGGAGUUCGACUGCCAGCGCUACGGCCGGCCCGACACCAAGUACCUCAAGUUCCGGUGGGAGCCCGCCGGGACAUGUAAUCUCCCCAGGUUUGAUGGUGUGAAGCUGAUGAGGACGUUGCGAGGGAAGAAGGUGAUGUUUGUGGGAGACUCAUUGACUUUGAAUCAGUACAUUUCGUUCCUGUGUUUGCUCCAUGCGGCUGUGCCCAACGCCACCCUCUCCUCCUCCUCCGAUAAUCGCUCCCUCUCUGCAGUAACAUUUGAGGAUUACAACCUUACGGUGAUGUACUACAAGUCUCAUUACUUGGUGGACAUCGUGAACGAGAACAUAGGACGUGUCCUAAAGCUGGACUCCGUACAAAUUGGUGGAUCCAUCUGGCUCACCGCCGACGUGCUCGUCUUCAACACAUGGCGCUGGUGGCUAUCCACGGGAUCCCGCCAAGAGUGGGACUACAUGCAAAAUGGCGACCGGACAGUGAAGGACAUGAACAGGACCGUGGCCUUCUCCAGAGCAUUGGCUACCUGGGCAAACUGGGUAGACUCGAGCAUCAAUUCAUCCACUACGCGAGUGUUCUUCCAAGGGAUCUCACCAGACCAUUACAGAGGAACAGAGUGGGGCGAGAAGGGAAGUACCUGUGAAGGAGAAACAGAGCCGUCGAGUCCAUCUGCAUACCACGGAGGUCCGAUUCCACAAGAAGCCAUAGUGAAGCAGCAGCUGCGCAAAAUGUCGAAGCCUGUGUACCUGUUCGACAUUAGCUAUCUCUCGCAGCUUCGGAAGGAUGCUCAUCCAUCCAAGUAUAAUGGCAUCAACUUCCGCAACGAUUGCAGCCAUUGGUGCGUUGGUGGCCUGCCGGACACAUGGAACCUGCUCCUAUACGCAGCUCUUGUCCAUUCCAUAUGA